AUGCAGCGAUAUAAAUGGGUGGAAGAUGAUGAAUGUCGAAAACAAGCAUUGAAUUCAGUGAACAAAUGCUCCAGUGAUUGUGGUCAUAAGUUGGCCCCUAUUGGCGGUGAUAUACAAGAUAUGAUGGAUUGUUUUAGUAAACAAGGACCCGCCAUUCAAACUGAAGACGUCUGCUUAAGGCAAAAAAUCUUUUACAAAUGCGAUAAUUGGUCUCAACCUACACUCGUCAAUGAAAUUAACUUCGACAAUUUAGAGGUGUUUUUGUCUGGAACUUCUUACGACAUACCAUCUAUCUGA